AUGACAGUCGAACAAGUUCAAGGUCCACAAUCCGUUUGCAACAAGGACAUCGGUUCUUUACCAGCCCAAUUCCCAUCUUUACCAGAAUCAGUUCUCGAAUUAUUUUUGUUGACCGGUAAGGCAGCAGUGGUUACUGGUGGUAUCAGUGGUAUUGGUUACUGUAUUUCUGAAGCUUACUGUCAAGCCGGAUUAUCCAAAUUAGCCAUUAUGGACUACGCUGAAAACCAAUUAGUCUUGGAAAAAUUGCAAAAGAAAUAUCCAAAGACCCAAAUUAACUUCUACAACUGUGAUGUUAGAAAGGGUGAACAAGUUCAAAAGGUCAUCGAAAAGAUCCACUCUGAUUUCACUGAAGUUGACAUUUUUGUCGCCAAUGCUGGUAUCGCAUGGACCUCAGGUGCCAUGAUUGACCAAGACAACGAUGACGAAUGGCACAACGUCAUGAACGUCGACUUGAAUGGUGUCUACUACUGUGCUAAGCACAUUGGUAGAAUUUUCAGACAACAAGGUAGAGGUUCUUUAGUCAUGACCGCUUCUAUGUCUGCUCACAUUGUCAACGUUCCACAAUUACAAGCUGCUUACAAUGCUGCUAAGGCUGGUGUUUUGCACUUAGGUAAGUCUUUGGCUGCUGAAUGGGCUCCAUUCGCCAGAGUUAACACCGUUUCCCCAGGUUACAUUGCAACCGAAUUAUCUGACUUCGUUCCAGAUGACAUCAAAAACGUGUGGUACUCCAUGACUCCAAAGGGUAGACAAGGUUUACCAAGAGAAUUAGUUGGUGCUUACUUGUACUUAGGUUCUGAUGCAUCUACUUUCACAACUGGUACCGACAUUAUCGUCGAUGGUGGUUACUGUUCGCUUUAA